AUGGCCACGUCGGCCCCACUGCGCAGCCUGGAGGAGGAGGUGACCUGCUCCAUCUGCCUGGACUACCUGCGGGACCCCGUGACCAUCGACUGCGGCCACGUGUUCUGCCGCGUCUGCACCAGCGACGUGCGCCCGGCCCCGGGCGGCCGGCCCGUCUGCCCACUCUGCAAGAAGCCCUUCAGGAAGGAGAGUAUCCGGCCCGUGUGGCAGCUGGCCAGCCUGGUGGAGAACAUCGAGCGGCUGCAGGUGGACAAGGACAGGCAGCCCGGAGAGGGGGCCCGGGAGCAGGCGGACGGCAGGCUGUGCGAGCGGCACCGCGAGAAGCUGCACUAUUACUGCCAGGACGACGGCAAGCUUCUGUGCGUCAUGUGCCGCGAGUCUCGGGAGCACCGGCCCCACUCGGCCGUCCUCGUGGAGAAGGCUGCCCAGCCCCACAGGGAGAAGAUCCUGAACCACCUGAGCACCCUCAGGAGAGACAGAGACAAGAUUCAGGGCUUUCAGGCAAAGGGAGAAGCCGACAUCCUCACCGCCCUGAAGAAGCUCCAGGACCAGAGGCAGGACAUAGUGGCUGAGUUUGAGCAGAGCCACCAGUUCCUGAGGGAGCGGGAGCGGCACUUGCUGGACCAACUGGCGAAACUGGAGCAGGAGCUCACGGAGGGUAGAGAGAAGUACAAGACCAAGGGUGUCUCGGAGCUGGCCCGGCUAGCCCUGCUCAUCUCUGAGCUGGAGGGCAAGGCCCAGCAGCCAGCAGCAGAGCUCAUGCAGGUGAGCAAUCUUCCCAGGGACACAGGCCCAUACGUGUGUGGGGCUCGAGGGUCACUGCUGUAUUUUUCCUCCCCAGGGAAGCUGCUUAGAGACUUGGAAUAUAAGACGGUGAGUGUCACCUUGGACCCGCAGUCGGCCAGCGGGUACCUGCAGCUGUCAGAGGACUGGAAGUGUGUGACGUACAGUGGCCUGUACCAGAGCACUUACCUGCACCCGCAUCAGUUUGACUGUGAGCCGGGUGUGCUGGGAAGUAAGGGCUUCACCUGGGGCAAGGUGUACUGGGAGGUGGAGGUGGACAGGGAGGGCUGGUCCGAGGAGGAGGAGGACGGGGAGGAGGAGGAGGAGGGGGAGGAGGAGGAGGAGGAGGAGGAGGCCGGCUACGGGGACGGGUACGAAGACUGGGAGACAGAUGAGGACGAGGAGUCUUUGGGGGAGGAGGAGGAGGAGGAGGAGGAGGAGGGGGAGGAGGUCCUGGAAAGCUGCAUGGUGGGGGUGGCCAGAGACUCUGUGAAGAGGAAGGGAGACGUGUCCCUGCGGCCAGAGGACGGGGUAUGGGCCCUGCGCCUCUCAUCUGCGGGCAUCUGGGCCAAUACUGACCCCGAGGCUGAGCUCUUCCCUGCGCUGCGGCCGCGGAGGGUGGGCAUCGCCCUGGACUACGAGGGGGGCACCGUAACCUUCACCAACGCCGAGUCACAAGAGCUCAUCUACACGUUCACGGCCACCUUCACCCGGCGCCUGGUGCCCUUCCUGUGGCUCAAGUGGCCUGGGACACGCCUCCUGCUGAGACCCUGA